CGGAAGUAGCCUAUCACUUCCGGUAUCCGCGCUGCUAUUGCGGGAGGUCUGAGCUUUCUAGUUGGAGGAAGAAGUAGGCGUUAAGUCUCCAUUGAGCAAGGAGGGAGCCAGCGGGCUGCUGUGGUGUGGACGGUGGUCAGGGGGAGGACCCUGAAGAAGAAUGGCCAGCUCUGGUUCUCAAGACAUGGUCUGUGGCUCAGUGACAUUUGGGGAUGUGGCUGUUGACUUCUCUCAGGAGGAGUGGGCCUACCUGGAUGCUACUCAGAGGGUCUUCUACAGGGACAUGAUGUUGGAGACCUACAGCAACCUGGUCACAGUGGUGGGAAGUUCCAUCUCCAAACCCCACCUGAUCACCUUAUUAGAGGAGGAGAGAGAGCCCUGGAUGGUGGUGAAGGAAGAAACAGACAGCCCCAGCCCAGAUUUGGAGUCAGAUUAUGAAGCUCAAAAAAUGUCUCCAGACAAUCAUAUUUAUAAUGUAAAUUUACCCAAACAGAGCAUAAAGCAUGUAAGUAAAGCUUGUGACUUCCAGGGCUCCAGUUUUAGUAAUGGUCCCAACUUUAGUACAUUCAAGAGACUACGGGGCUAUCAAGAUGGAGAUGCUGAUCAAAAGAUUACUAACAAGAAAAAAAUGCCUACUUACACCUGCCGAAGUCUGAAUCACAAUAUAGAAAAAGCAUAUGAAUGUAAAGAGUGUGGGAAGCAUUUUGAUUGUAGUUCAACUCUUAUUCAGCAUCAGAGUAUUCAUACUGGAGAGAAACCCCAUGAAUGUAAGGAAUGUGGGAAAACCUUUAGACUCCACCAACAUCUUAUAAGACAUCAGAAAUCUCACAGUGGUGAGAGACCUUUUGAAUGCAAGGAAUGUGGGAAAGCCUUCAGACUUCCCCAACACCUUACAAAACAUCAGAAAUCUCACAGCGAUGAGAGACCUUUUGAAUGUGACGAGUGUGGAAAGGCCUUUCAUCGUCCCAGCCUCCUUAAGUACCAUAAAGCCAUUCAUUCAGGUACAAAACCAUUUGAAUGUGAGGACUGUGGCAAGUCCUUCAGGCGUGUCUCCCAGCUUGUUCAACACAGGAGUGUUCAUACUGGAGAGAAACCCUAUGAAUGUAAGGAAUGUGGGAAAGCCUUCAGACUCCACCAACAACUUACAAGACAUCAGAAGUCUCACAGUGGUGAGAGACCUUUUGAAUGUGACGAGUGUGGAAAGGCCUUUCAUCAUCCCAACGUGCUCAAGUACCAUAAAACCAUCCAUUCGGGUGUAAAACCAUUUGAAUGUGAGGAAUGUGGGAAGUCCUUCAAGCGUGCCUACUAUCUUGUUUUACACAAGAGUAUUCAUACUGGUGUGAAACCAUAUGAAUGUAAUGAAUGUGGGAAAGCCUUUAAGCGUCGCUCAUAUUUUAGGCAGCAUCAGAAAAUUCAUUCUGGCCAGAGACCCUUUGGGUGUAAGGAAUGUGGAAAGGCCUUCACUCUUCUGUUUCAGCUGACUCAGCAUCAGAACAUUCAUAGUGGAGAGAAGUCACUUGAAUGUAAGGCGUGUGGGAAGAUGUUCAGUCAUGGUUCUCUCCUUUUGCGGCACCAGAGUAUUCAUACUGGGGAGAAACCCUUUGAGUGUAAUGUUUGUGGGAAGGCUUUUAGGCUUCAGUCAUACCUUUCUCUGCAUAAGAAAACUCACACUGAUGAGAAACCUUUCAAGUGCAAGCUGUGUGGGUCAGCCUUCAGACAUUUGUACCUACUCAGUCAGCAUCAGAGAGUCCAUACCGAUGGGAAACCCUAUCAGUGCAAUGUAUGUGGAAAGGGCUUUCUUCGUAGUACAUUCCUCAAGAUUCACCAGCGAAUCCACACUGGUGAGAAGCCCUUUCAAUGUAAGGAAUGUGGGGAAGCCUUUCAAUAUCGUUACCAAUUUCUUCGACAUUUUAGCAUUCAUAGUGGCAAGAAUCCUUAUGAAUGUGAAGAAUGUGGGAAGUGCUUUACUUGUGAUAGAGACCUUACAGUACAUCAAAGAAUUCACACUGGCGAGAAACGUUACCAACGCUAAGAAUGUGGGAAGGCCUUUAGUCAAAAGCAAACUUGAUCUGACACACUGAAAUUCAUAUUGGAAAGAAACCUUACAUAGGUAAGGGAUGUGCAAAGUUCUUUGUCAAUACUGCUAAGCUGGCUAUAUAUCAGAGAGUUUUUACUGGUGAGAAGAAACCAUACUGAAUGUAAGAAAUGUGGGAAAUGUCUACAUUUAGUUCAACCUUCACUGAAUAACAGAAUUCAUACUGCUAUGACACUAUCAAUGCAAAGAAUGAGAAAAUAACCUUCAAUUUGAGCUCAGGCCUUGUUUAUCCUAAAAGAAUCCACGCUUGGGUGAAACUCUAUGAAUACAAGGAAUGUGGUGACACUUUGAGCUCUUAAAGCUCUCCAGAGUCCUUAUAAGUCUGAAACACUAUGAAAGUAAAGAAUGCGUGGAAGCCUUAUUGUAAAUGGUGAGCUUGCAUAACAGCAGAAAAUCCAUCAUCAUCAGGAGUCCUGUGCAUGUAAGGAAAAUGGAUAAGCUUUUGUAUGAUAAUUUUAAAAAUAUAUUUAUUUAUUUUUAAGAUUUAUUUAUUUAUUUAUUACAUAUACACUGUUCUGCCUACAUGCCAGAAGAGGUCACCAAACUGAAUUGCAGAUGGCUGUGAGCCACCAUGUGAUUGAUGGGAAUCAAACUCGGGACCCCUGGAAGAGCAGUCAGUGCUCUUAACCUCUGAGCCAUCUCUCCAGCCCUUGUAUGAUAAUUUUAGUGAACAUCAAGGAACUCAUUUUGAGAAGGGUGUGGCUGAGAAUUAUGGAAAUUUUUAAUCUGCUCUGUGUUUGGUCAUCAUCAGAGUGUUUGUAUCCUCCUCAUGCCAAGAAACCCUGUAUUUUAGUUUGGGUUUCUGUUCCUGUAGUGAGAUAUCAAGACCAAAAACCAAGUUGAGAAAGAAAGGGUUUAUUUGGUUCACACUUCCACAUCGAUGUGCGUGUCUCCAUGAAGUCAUGAUGGGAACGGGUCAUGAUCCUAAAUCUAGGAGCUGAUGACGAGGCCGUGGAGGGGUGCUGCUUACUGGUUUGCUUCCCAUGGCUUGCUCAGCUGCUUUCUUUCUAUCUCUUGUAUCUUAGCCCAUUUCUCUUCAACUGUGUUCUACUUUGGAGUUCUUUACCUUUUUAACUUUCUUUAUAUCUUCCUUUCCUGCUGUCUGUGUUUCUGGCUGUCUGGGGGCCAUCUGACAACAUGUAAAUGGCGUGUACUAUCAGCUGUCGGCAACAGUGAGCACAUCCCCAAGCCGCACAGCAUGCUGCAUGGCAGAUACAGACAAAAAAAAGUUUUAAAAAUCAAGGCAGUGAGCACAGCUCCCACUUUUGGUGGUAAAUGUACCCCUGCCGUGUUGGAAAGCCAGCAGCUAAAAUGUCCUCUUUAAUCCUAGCAAUGUUUAGCAGCUAAAAAAACUGGUGGCCAGAAAAAGAGAUAUACAGUAAAGACGGUUCAGGUGAAAAAAGUCUCUAAAGGGUUUACAGUGUGUUUAAAAAUUGUACAUAGGCUUGGGAGAGAAAAGAAAAAGGAUAAUGUGGUUAAAAAAGAAAUAGAGUAGCUGGGUGUGGCACAUGCCUUUAGUCUCAGCACUUGGGAGGCAGAGGUAUGCAAAUCUCUGUGAUUUCAAAGCCAGCUAUGUCUACAGAGUGAAUUCCAGGACAGGCAGAAGUACAGAGAAACAUGGACACCCUCCAUCUCAGGGCCCUUCCCAUUGAUCACUAAUGGAGAGAAUGCCUUCCAGCCGGAUCUCAUGAAGACAUUUCCUCAACUGAAGCUACUUUUUCUGUGAUGACACACAAAAGCAGCCAUUAAUAUCCUUUGAGUAUGAGGAUGUGAGAAGUUUUGUUCACAGGUGAAACUCUGGUGAGAAUGUAUAAAUCAUGUUCUUGAUUUUCCUUGUUGGUUCUAUAAACCUAACUCCAACGUUGCUCACUCAGGACAGCCUUAUGGAGAGCAGUUAUUGGGACAAAAAAACCUUCCUUUUCACCAUUUUCAUUUCACAGAUCCCGUGACAGUAUACUGUUUACUUGUUAGAUAAUUUGUUAAUCACCAGCACAAUACAAGCCAGGGUUGUGGGAAGGGUGUUAUAAUAGGUAAUAAAAUCCUUGAGAGCA